UAAUCAGAGACGUGACCGAUCGCCUAAGCGGCUAACAAGCCGAUCAUUGGUGAAGAGGAUAAAAGUAAAAUAAAGUAAUGCUACACUAGCAACCAGCUAGGCAACAAUAGCCCAUAUUGUCGCUCAGCUGGUUGCGUAGUGUGGCUGUCACCUGUGGCAAGUCUGCGCAUCAUAACAAAGCUGAACAGACUCUGGGAUUUUGAAGAUUUAAGUGGAUUCAAGGCCACAACGUGUCUCAGACUGCACACACAGGUGGAGCUCUAAUGCUUAACAGAACAGCAUUGCUAUAAGAAGAACUCAAUGGAUCCACUCUGGGGAAACUUGCACAGCUUCUCUGCCAGAUGACAACCCAACAACUCCAAAAACUAAUGAGAAAAUUAAAUCUCGUGAUUAUUCACUGGCCAAUACCUGUGUAGUGAAAUUCAACAAACUCAGUUGGCCAAUAUUGCUUUCUACUUAAAAAAAUUAUAUUUUUUUUAUAAUACAGUACUGUACAGUAGUUAGGAAGUGUUAAUCAUGGGAGUGAAAGGUCUUUGGAAACUGAUAGAGUGUGCUGGAGUACCGGUUCCUCUUGAAACCUUAGAGCAUAAAAUUUUAGCUGUUGAUGUUUCUAUAUGGCUUCAUCAGGCAGUCAGAGGUUUCAGAGGUCCAGGAGGAGCUGCUGUUGCCAAUGCACAUCUUCUGACGCUGUUUCAUCGGAUAUGCAAAUUACUUUUCUAUCGUAUAAGACCUGUAUUUGUUUUCGAUGGAGGUGUUCCAUAUCUAAAGAAGCAGACCUUAGCUUCCCGUAAACUUAGGCGAGAUGUUGCUGCCGACAAAGCUAAGCUUGUGCGAGAACGCCUGCUUAAAAAUCUGUUGAAAAGUCAGGCAGUCCGUAAAGCUUUGGGAAGGACAGGCCCUGGUCCAAGCCUUGCCCAUGUACCAAGACCUCAGAAGAAAGAAAAGGAUAUGUUUGAACUCCCACCACUUCCUAAGCCAGAGAUGGAUGAUAGUGUGACAUCUGUAAAAUCUGAAGAUUCUGAAGAUGAGGAUCAAUAUAUUUUGAGAAAUUUAAAAUUACCAAACCUUCAUCAGUUUGAUUUUGAGAGUAAUGAAUUCAAAUCGCUAAACAUUGAGACACAACAUGAAAUCCUUAGUGAACUUCAGAGUACACGAAAACAGAAUUCGUGGAACCGUAUCAAUGAAAUGCCUAAGGAGGCAGAAAAUUUUGCUGAAUUUCAAAUGGGCAGACUUAUAAAAAGGCGUGAUUUUCAGGCUACUUUAGAUUCAACACGGGAUGAAAUCCGAAAGGUGAAAACUGCUGAAAUGGAAGCAGAAAUGUUUGGGGAGUUGGAGAAACAUGUCAGUCUGUCUCAACGGAUCAUAUCUGAAGAUUCUGCCCAUUCCAUUCUAGUAAAGAAAAUAAAAGAUGAUAAAAAAGAUGAAGUCUUGGUGAAAGAAGACAAAGAUGAAGUCUUGGUGAAAGAAGACAAAGGUAAAUCACCAAUGAAAAAGAAACAAAAGUCAUUUGGGAAGGAUUUUUUGACAGAGUUGGCCAAACAGGGAAUUGUCAGACCACAAGAUCAUUCAGAUUCUGAUUCUGAUGAUUUAUGUUAUCCACCAAGAAAUUUAAAUGACAACAGCUUGAGUGAAAUGGAAGAUGGGGGACAGAAUUCAAUUGAUAUUGAGGAAGAAGGUUUUUUAAAUGUUGUUGGUGCACUUUUAGAGAACAGUGGCUUGACACAGGAGGAAAUUCUUGCCCUCAUAAAGCAGGACAGCAAUAACCAGAGUAGGCUAAAGAGUAAAUCUGGAAGUGAAGAUGGACCAUCGACAUCAGAAAAGGCUCCAGGUUUUGUUUUUAACCCUGAUGCUGAUUUGUCAUCAGAUGAUGAAGACUUCAUUGAAGUUUCAGAAACUCCAUCUGAAAAUACAGGUAUACCCAAAAGUGAUGAUGAGAAGGUGGGGAUAGAACAAAUAGAUGGAAACAAUAUAGAUAAGUUAUUAGCAACAAAGAGUGACAGCCUUUGGAUGAAGAUCAUUCAUCAGAAAGUGGAUGAUUUGGUACACACAAAUUCUCUUAAGUCGUCCCCCAAAAAGGCUGUUUUAGACACUAGAAAAUUUGGUUGUCAAGAAGUUAAGAAAGAAACUUAUAGUCUUGAUGGUGAAAGUUUAAAACCUGUUAAAAUUUCUUUAGAUUUUGAUGUCAAACCAUUGAAAAUGGAAGAUGAUAUCUUUACAGACAUCUUUACUGAUCUUAUUCACCAACCUAAGAAAAGUUUAAUUUCAAAUCCUGUAUCUGUCAGUAACAAUAUAAAAAAUAUAAAAAAUGGAAGUGAAUAUAUUAAACCACAAUGUGAGACUCAACCUCUUACUUGUACAGAAAACUUGAGUAAAAGUGGCAAAACAAGUGAGGGAUUAUUAGUUUCUAAAACUAAUUCCAAGUUGGAGGACGAGUUCUCAGUCUCUGCUGGUACCUGUAAUAAUAUAUCUACCUCAGAGAAACACAGCAUUAAGGAAAAGCCCAAAAUAGUACCAGUGUGUAGUAGUAAUCAAGCAUCAGAUGAGCCCCCCAAGAACAUUAUGGAAGUUAAUACUUCACAGAAAGAGAUAACGGUACAAGAACAUGUAAGAUUAAAAAUUAAAGAUAAGGUAAAUACUGCCUCACAAGGAAACAAGAGUGAGCUUAACAUAGCCCAUGAGGUUGGGGAAGAAGAUGCAGACGAUGUAGAAAUCAUGAGCUCCAGUGAUGAUAGUGAUUCUGAUGAAACUCCUACAGUCAUUAGUCAACAUUCAGAAGUAGGAGAAAAGGCAGGUUCAAAUAAGACUUGUACAGUUUCACCAACAUCAGACACCAAACAAAUGCCUUUUACUUGUGAUGCUGAUGACAAUGACUUUAUAGAGGUGGAAGAAAUAUCGACAAAUAGAAUGAAUACUGAAAUUAAUUAUGAAAUGAAACAUGCUCACAGUGAUGCAAAACCAGAGAGUAAAACAAAUUUGGGAUCUGAAAUGGAACAAACAACUAAAGAGUAUAAAUCACUGUCAGUAGAAGGUAAAGGUAGAGUUGAGGAAGAGCCUAAUAUUGAAAGCAGACAUAGAACCAGCAGUGAUCAACAAGUAAUGGAUAUAGAUUUAACAACUAAAAAUGAUAAAGUAGUGGAUUUGGUGGAAGAAGGAACAAAAGUUGAGAAUGUUAUGGAAGUUGAGAGACCCUUGAAUUACUCUGAGGAUGAACUCAAACACCUGGAGGGGGAACUUGCAGUAGAACAAAAGUCUCUUAUAGCACAGGCUCAGAAAUCUGAUAGAAUUGCCUCGAAUUUGAAUGACCAAAUGUAUGGAGAGUCACAACACCUUUUGCAGCUCUUCGGUAUACCCUACCUUGUAGCUCCAAUGGAAGCUGAAGCACAGUGUGCCUUUCUUAAUGCUGCUAAUCUCGCUGCUGGCACUAUAACAGAUGACUCUGAUAUAUUUCUCUUUGGGGGUAACAAGGUAUAUAAAAAUUUCUUUAAUCAAACUAAACACGUUGAAUUUUUCAAUGUAGAUAAUAUUCAAGCCAACAUUGGAUUAAAUCGAAACAAAAUGAUCACCUUGGCCCUCCUAACAGGGAGUGAUUAUACUGAAGGUGUUGAGUCAGUUGGAGCAGUAACAGCUAUGGAGGUCCUUGUUGAAUUCCCUGGUGAAGGUAUCGAGUGUCUUCGAAAUCUUAAGAAAUGGUGGAAUGUUGCUCACAAAAAUGUAACAUCUUCUUACAUUUCAAAAGUUAAACAAAAGAUGUCUCAAGUAAUGCUCAUGGAAUCCUUUCCAAAUGAAAAGGUUUAUGAAGCAUAUCUGAAACCUGAAGUGGAUGAAUCUAGAGAAAAGUUUACCUGGUCUGUUCCUAAUGUAGAAGCUUUACGUACAUUUACAAUGGAGAAAUUUGGUUGGAACCGAGAAAAGGCUGAUGAGAUCUUAAAACCAAUGAUGAAGAAGUUGGGAGUGAAAACAUCUCAGAUGAGAAUAGAUUCUUACUUUACAAAUAUUAAGCUUGUAAAAGAAUCAAAAGUAAUCAGUAAACGAGUUCAAGAUGCCAUUGCAAAGGCAAAAGGGGAGUCACCACCAAAUUCUGGAACACCAUCAAUUAAAGACAGAUAUCGGAAACCCUCCAUUAGGGGCAAGUCUAAGAAGAAAAAUGCGAGAGAUUCCGAAGACUUACCGGGUAAAGUUAUGGAAAAUGGCGUAUUAGAUGAAGAGGAGCAUCCAGAUACAACCCACAAAUUAACGCCUCCUAAACCAUCGAGAACAUUAUUGAUAGACCCAUCGGAAAGUAGCAGCUGUGUACCUGAGCCACCUAAAGCAAAGAGAAAACGUAAAAAGAAGUCUGAAGAAUCUGAAACAAAUGGCCCUCAACAGUCCUCCGCUAUGCAUGAUAAUGAAGAGGAUUAUCAGCCUCCUAGAAAGCUAACAAAAGAAGUUAUGUAUAAAGCUUUGUUAGAAAAGGAGACUAUCAGCCAACGAGAUUCUGACCAGAGAAAGAUGGAGGAAAGGAAAGCAGCUGCAGCACAACUAUUGAAGAAACAGCGUGAGUUAAGGAAAACGCACAGGUGAACAUAGUACAAAUACCCACCAUUGUCCUUCAACACUUAAAUGGCAAGGAACAUGAGACAUCCAAUGAUGUUGGCCACCAUAUAAUGGUCAAGGAGAACAAACACAGUAAGCUUGGGGCCCUAUUCCAGACUUUUAACUCUUGGUGUCCUAAAACAACCAGCUUGGACUAAAAUGCAAGGAGGCCAUGUAAACUGUAGUGUGACCCCCUGCCAGAUAUAAAAAAAAAGUGCAGUACAGUAUACUGUACUGUACAUUACUGUUCUGUACAUGUAAUCGCACACAGUACUGUGGUUAAGCCAUGUCAAAGAUUUUAGCACCGGUAAAUUCUACUAGGUUAUUCUUGUAAAUUAUAAUUAUGGGGCAUUUCUAAUAUUAGUCAACCAAAAUUAUAUAAAGAAAAGAUUAUUCUGACUAUACUGUAUAUAGUAUCUGUAAUCCCAAAAUAUGAAUUAUUAUGGUAUAAUGAUUUGGAAGGCAAAAUGUAUAUGAACUUUUGACAAAUCAGUAUGAAAGUGUUUAUUUUGGUGAUGAAAUUAAAUUGUGGAUAUUUCACCUAAGGGUACAGUACAUUAUUUGUUUUGACCUUUAUUUCACAACAGUAAGUUGUUCCAUCCUAAUCAAGUUUUAUUAUUAUUUUUUUAUAAUGAAGUACAGGGGACCCCCAAGUUCGCGGAUUUUUAAUUCAAGGUUCUCUGUUAUUCGCGGAUGACACCCUGGAUGUACCCAUGAAUGUCUGUGGGUAGUUUUAAAGUUGCCAGCAUUUUCAAGGCCGAGACAAGGCGUCAUUCGUUCUAGAGACAGUAAUUUCCUUUACCUGUAUUGUAAAUAUGUGUGUGUGUAUGUAGACACACACAUAAAACACAUACAAAUAAAUAAUAUGUAAUU